CCUCGCUGAGGCGGCGCGGCCUCGAGCCGUGGGCGCAGCGCUCGAGCCUUCUUCCCCGCCUCCUCCCUCCCUCCGAAGCUGCCCUGCUCCACCAAUCAACAGCUCCGAGCCCUCGAAGGCGCCGCAGCUGGCCAUCUGCUGCUGCAGCCCCGACGUUCAGCCGCAGCGAUCCGCGUGCCUGGUGCUGCAGAUCUCCUCUCGCCGCGCUGCAUGCUGGCGUCGAUCGAGCGCCCGUUGACUGCGCCGCCCACGCUGCAUAAGCUGCGCCAUGCCGCCGCUGCCGAAGUGCGGCACGUAUGAGGGGGCCAGACCGCCGGCUUAGGGCGUCAGGGGUGUAGGCGAGGAUGCCGUAUGCGGCGCAUACAGCCGCGGGCCGCAACCGCCGCCGUCCGUUGGCGCAAGAAAGUGCGCUUCUCUCGCGACGGAGUCGCAGCGCAAGCGCGCUCCUCGUCGAGCUUCGCAGAGACCAGAGACGCGAGCUCUGCACAGCUUGCUCGGGCAUCGACAGCAGCAGAAGCGGCUCUUGUGACGGGCUCUGUCCAGCUUCGUCAGCUGCUCGCCAGCGUGCUUGGGAGCGGUGCGAGAUAUCUUCUCGCUGCGAUCACCUGACCCCAGGCACACAGCCCUCUGCAGAGCGGAUUCCGCAGCUAUACGAGUGCGACGUCGAUGCCGGCCCUUGCGGGCGAGAGCAGCGCGCACCCACACCGCCGGGCGACGAGCGGCCAUUCAAGUCGCCGUGCUCGGCGGUGCGACUAGAUUCUAGGCUUGCCUCGCCGCCACAUCAGGGAUCCCCGUUUCCCAUCCGAGCCACAGGCACCGCAUACAGCCACCGACGCUGGGAAAAGGUGGGGCUGCUUCCGGAUGUGGACCAGAUCAUCGGGCGGCUCCGACGCCUCGAAGAGGCAGCACACAGGAGACGCCUUCUACAGGCGACAGUGCUCCCCUAUUGCGCCGGGCUCUGGAAGCCGAAGGCAUCGAUCUCGGUCUCAGGUCAUCAUUCUUGACGCCCACGCGGCAUCACGGCGCCGAGAGGGGCGCUCAGGAGCUCGCAUCGCCGCCUUCGGCCAAUCUCGACGCCCUGUGGGUGCGCCGCG